CACAGCCGCCCAGCCAAUCGCUGGGCUCUUUCCUGACUCUGUCAUCAGCCCUUGGUUGGGGAGAAACGGGUUUUGCUUUCAGGCUCAGCAUUUGCAAGGCAGAUAAAAUGCCAGGUCUGGGCUGCCUCUCGGGAUAACCUUCCCCUCCUAGGAUGUGAAGGAGUAGCAUCUGGGCAGGGGGAAAGUCCACAGGGGCAGACAUUAGAUACAUACAGAGUCCCAGGAAGCGGAGGGGCUUCCACCUAGGCCUUUGCCUGCAUUUGUUAUUGCCAAAAACAAAAAACAAAAACCAGCUGUGGCUUUUGUAGGAAUUUCACUUUUUGCCUUGAGGAAGGGGUGCCUUGGAUUAUCAGACCUCCAUGUAUGACAAUUUGUACCUGCAUGGAUUUGAAGACUCUGAGGCGGGAUCAGCAGAUUCGUACACAAGCAGACCAUCAGAUUCUGAUGUCUCUCUGGAGGAGGACAGGGAAGCAAUCCGCCAGGAAAGAGAACAGCAAGCGGCUAUCCAGCUUGAAAGAGCAAAGUCAAAACCUGUAGCAUUUGCUGUGAAGACUAAUGUCAGCUACUGCGGAGCGCUGGAUGAAGAUGUUCCUGUGCCUAGCACCGCUAUCUCUUUUGAUGCUAAGGAUUUUCUACACAUUAAAGAGAAAUAUAACAAUGACUGGUGGAUAGGAAGAUUAGUUAAAGAAGGCUGUGAGAUUGGCUUCAUCCCAAGCCCACUGAGGUUGGAGAACAUUCGGAUUCAACAGGAGCAGAAGAGAGGGCGUUUCCAUGGCGGGAAAUCAAGUGGGAAUUCGUCUUCAAGCCUCGGAGAAAUGGUGUCUGGUACAUUUCGAGCUACUCCUACUUCCACUGCAAAGCAGAAACAGAAAGUGACAGAGCAUGUGCCUCCCUAUGAUGUAGUACCAUCCAUGCGGCCUGUUGUGCUGGUUGGCCCCUCAUUAAAAGGUUAUGAGGUGACAGACAUGAUGCAGAAAGCCCUGUUUGACUUCCUGAAGCACAGGUUUGAUGGGAGGAUAUCAAUAACUAGAGUGACAGCUGACAUUUCCCUUGCUAAGAGGUCUGUUCUAAAUAAUCCAAGCAAGAGGGCAAUAAUUGAGCGGUCGAAUACCAGGUCCAGUUUAGCGGAAGUGCAGAGUGAAAUAGAACGAAUUUUUGAAUUGGCACGAUCUUUACAACUGGUUGUUCUAGAUGCAGAUACAAUCAAUCACCCAGCACAACUUAUUAAGACAUCCUUAGCUCCUAUUAUCGUCCAUGUUAAAGUGUCAUCUCCAAAGGUCUUGCAGCGACUGAUCAAGUCAAGAGGAAAGUCACAAAGCAAACACUUAAAUGUCCAGUUGGUUGCAGCAGAUAAACUUGCACAGUGUCCACCGGAAAUGUUUGAUGUUAUUCUGGAUGAAAAUCAACUUGAAGAUGCUUGUGAACACUUGGCGGAAUACCUUGAGGCUUACUGGCGUGCCACACACACCACCAGUAGCACACCCAUGACACCUUUGCUUGGACGAAACCUAGGCUCCACUGCACUAUCCCCUUACCCUACAGCAAUCUCUGGAUUACAGAGCCAACGUAUGAGGCAUAGCAACCAUUCUACUGAGAACUCUCCAAUUGAACGACGAAGUCUCAUGACCUCUGACGAAAACUACCACAAUGAAAGGGCUCGGAAGAGCAGGAACCGCUUGUCUUCCAGUUCCCAACACAGCCGAGAUCACUACCCACUUGUGGAAGAAGAGUACUCCGACUCAUACCAGGACUCCUACAAGCCCCAUAGAAACCGAGGGUCCCCCGGAGGAUAUAGCCAUGAUGCCCGACAUAGGCUUUGAAUACAAGAACCUGGGGUGGGUGGGAUGGUACUCAUUAGUUGCCAACUUGCCAUAACAUAGCUAGGCCAAACAAAUCAUCUUGUUUUGGCAGGUGUAGCAUGGUUUUACUGUGCUUACAGGCUGCUGCCAUUUAAAGCUACAAACAGGGCAAAAACGUAUAGAUCCUGCCCUUUAUGUUUAGGAAGAAAUGAGUUUGCCUGGUCAUGUAGGUGUGUUUCCUUUCCAGAGUAGAGUUUAAUUUUCAAGCAGUCUCUUUUCUCUUCAUUAGAUAUUAUUAGACACAUCAAUUUGUAACUUAGGAUACCUGUUGAGACGCAUAUAACAUAAUUUCCUGCACUGGAAAUUCCAAAUGACCAGUUCCAGUUGGAACCGAUUUAUAAACCAAUUCCUGUUGGAAUUUGGGUGAAAUUGACUGGAAAGUCAACCUGAGCAUGUUGCAGUCAGUUAAAAAAUUAAAAUGAUGAAUAAGAAAAUUACAAAACCACUAUAAGCAAAAAAUAAAAUAAAAGCUAGAGUAUUUGUUUACCAGAAGGUGAAUUUAUAUAUAGAUACAGAGAUGGUUAGAAUAAAUAAUUUUAAUGUAUUUAUUUCAGACUAACCAAAUGUAAGCAGUCAAUCGUGCCAAAAAUGAAUGAAUGGAAGAGUUAGAAGACUUUCUGGUUGAAGUAUCAAUGAGGGAUUGUUGUUUUUCUCCCAGCAUAUAUGUUGCAGCAAAAUUGUAUUGUGUUAAUAGUUUUUGCAUUUGCUAAUGAAAACUUAAAGCUACUUCAGCUUUAAAUAAACUAGGAGCAGAGACUGACCUGAUACCUUAACAUGUGGUGGAAGUGAACUUACCUUCUCUGCCCUGAAUACACCCCUGUUGAGUCCUGUUCCCACUUGAACAUGUGAAGAGGGCAAAUGGGAUUGUAGCUCUGCUCCCCAACUUUCAUUUUUCCAGAAGAAGAUGGAUGGGCAGCUAGGUACCCACCACUCCUUAGGUUGUCACAGCGCAAUUGGUCUUGCCUCUCCCAACAUUGGAUGCGCAGCCCCCCAAAUUCCUGGAGAGACAGAGUUGCCUAGCCCUGCUGCAUGUGCAUACAACUUUGUGCAUGAAGGUCCUUCUCUGGUCUCCAAGUCCCCGAUUUGCAUGUACAAUUGUACAUGUGUAGAGCCCUUUUAUACUUUCCCCUGGAUAUGCAGGCACUAGAGAAUAGCAACAGGCAGCAUAAACCCUUUUACGCUCCAUGCACUUGUGAAUCGUUCUUGAAAAUGCUUGUUUAUGGGUUUUGCCUUAGCAAACUAUUCUACUUUGGUUAGAGUGACAAAAGAUUGAGAAUCAGAUUGUUGUUCUUUCUUUGACUAACAAUGCUGCACAUUAUGAAUCCUCUACAUCAGGCACAACCUUCAUGCUCAUCAUAAAUCUCUAAUUUGUCAAAAGAGCAAUUGGCCUCUCACUCAAUGAAAGAGUAGUUUAUGAAGAGAGAUGUGUUCCUACUAGGGCUUCAACCUGUGCAUUAAUAUCUCUGGGAAAUGUAUAAUAAUCAUUCCAACCAAAGAGUUAAGAAAUUAUCACUCUGUAAUUUCUCAAAGACAGUGUCAGCAUGAUUGUGUCUAAGAAAAAAAAAAUGCACUGCUUAGUAGACUUGGCAAGAGGAGAUUAUAGCCAGCUUAGGUACAACAGAAAAGAUCUUUUAGCAAGUUUGCCCUCCCAGGUCUGAGUGCUUGUUUUUCCAUGGAGUUUCUGCAGCAUGAUCAACCAUUCUCAAACUCUAUUGUGCUAUAAAAUAAGAUAUUUUUCCUAGUCUGACUGCAUUGCACUCUCACACAGCUGAAAUAUUUGAUGCAUUCCAUCCAAAGUAUUACGUCUACGAUAUAUGCAUUAUGGUCUGCUGCUCUGAUCUAGAUGCAUAUAUAUGGAUGGCCUGUUUGUGUGGGAAACCUCUCUUCUUUGUGUGAAUAGGAGUGUCUUCUCCAUGUGAAUGAAUGGGGGAACCCACCCAGGUCAAGUGCUCCAUAGCUGCACCCCUCUGUGAAUAUUUCAGAGCUACUUGGCUGGCAAAGGAUUGCCAAUUGUUGUGUAUCUGAACAUUUUAGAUUCACAUUGCAUGCUGUCAUAUUUUUUAAUAUGGCAAGGAUAAUGUUUAAUUUCCAAGAUACUUUUUAAAUAAUUAAACAAUAGCAGUUUAUCCAAUUUUAAGAAAGACUUUGAUUUUGAGCAGUGGAAUGGUGGCAAACCUCAGUAUGAUCCUAUUUCCAUACAAGGGAGGGCUGCUUGAUAGUUUUCCAACCCUUGGUUUAGAGAAAAGGAAAUGGUUGGUGCAGUGCACAAGAGAGGCACAUGAUCAGCAAAAGGUCUGUGAAGUAACAGGCAUAUACAAGAUACCUAUAGAAAGAAGGGCUGUAUGAACAGAUUUGUCAAUGUUGGGCAAUUUUAUUUUGGUACAAAGUUAUUUUAAAAACCAUUUUUAACAACUUUCUUUCCUUCUAGGAAACCCCUUCAGGGAUAACUGAAAAUGAAAUUAUAUACUGGAUAGAUAUACAUAUUUCUAAGGUUUUUGAGUGGAAUAUUUUAAAAUUUUCAUUUUAAAAAUUGGAGACUUGAAGUAUACUGAAAAAAAUGAAAUAUUCCAAGAUAACCGAAAGGCCUGAAAAUUGCCAUAUACACACAACUGGACACAUUGAUUAAUGGAAGAGUAUCAAAGGGAUACAGUUUCAUACCUCUUCUGAUCAAUAAGGGGAACUACCAUAUAUACUUGUGUAAGUUGAGUGCAGGUUUGGAGGCAGAAAUUCUGAUUUUGAUAUAACUGAAUAAGCCAAAGGUCAUUCUGCAAAGAGGAAAAAGCACUAAGCCCAUCUCAUUGGGGAGCACUUGCCCCAUCUGCUAUUGCCAUUUCCCUGCCCAGAUAUGCAAAAGAACCAGAAGUGGCACCACGAUGGAGACCGUAGCGGGGUGAUGGUGGUGCUGGCAGUACUUCUUUUAGUUUCUUGCAGGGUGGGCUAAGCUCUUGCUUUUUGCCAUUCAGAGAAAUUGGUGUUUCCUUUAGAGUUAAGAUAGAGUACUUAUAUUGACCCAUGGAUAAGUUGACCCAGGUGUUUGGGGUUGAUUUUUUGACUAAAAUUUCUAGAUUUAUACAUGAAUAUAGGGAAAGUGUGCACUUCCAAAUUGUAAAUGUACUUUCAGGUCUCAAAAAGUUGAUGUGCCCCAAAGUGCUUCGAUGACUAAAUGCUCAUGAGGGUAUUUAUAUUUAAUCAUAAAAACCUAGGCCAUGAAGUUCACUUCAACAGAGGACUCCAUUUUAUCUCAGAGUAAGCCAAACUAACCAUGAUGUAGCAUUUUGUGUGGAAGUUCUUUUGGUCCUUCAGACCUGUGGUAUAUCCAUACUGCAUUGUUAUAGCAGUUUGAUAUUAACUACCACCUAUCUCUCUUACAGAGAUCUGUGGUCUGUUGCUAGAGCGUCUCUGCUCAAUUUCCCAGAAGCUCCCUAGUAGAGAGAAUUUGAGGAACUUCACCAAAUGACAAGAUUUUGUAGAAAUUAAAAUAUCAAUGGAUAAAGAUUUGACGAAGGAAAUACUUUUAAAUACCAGGCAAGGAAUAUGUAUACAAAUAAAAUAUUUGCUAGAAUGCAAGUUUUAUUUACGCACAUGUAUAAUGUUUGAGGCUGCCUGAGCCUGACAUAUAGACACUAGGCUUUUAACAUUGUUAGUCUCAUUCCAUAUGAUUUACACUACUUUUACUAUAGGCAAUCACUCAUGGCCGAGUAUGAUUGUCUUCCAAGGGUAGAGUCUUGGAUUUGGGUCCAUAAGUGACUGUAGAGACCUAUUCUGGAUCUGCAUGGUCUUUCACAGCGAGGACAUAUAUUUCCAGAUGGAAGGCGGUCCCGACAAGGGUUUGCUUGAUGCGCCUUCUCUUGGCACAUUCCCCCCUUUUGCCCUCUGUUCGUGCCUCCUCAGAACCCAUGGCACCAUUAGUAACAGCUGACCUCCAGUUACAAUGCUCAAGUGCCUGGGCUUCCCAGUUCUUGGUGUUUAUGCCACAUUUUUUUAGGUUAGCUUUAAGCCCAUCUGUAAAUCUCUUUUGAUGUUCACCGACAUUUCUCUUGAGAUUUGAAGCACACAUUAUCCAAACCAUGCUGUCUAAAAGCAGAAUCUGAAAACAGUACAUUGUAAUGUCUGACUAUUAAACUCAGGGCAUGAAUCUUACCUCAUGAUAGAGGGCAGUAUCCCUGCACAAACCCACAUUUGGGGAACAAAGGUGGAUCCCAAGUUUAAUGGCCCUUAAUAUAUUUGCAGCAGUCUUGGGAAUGGGGCUAGGAGUAGAUUUUCACCAGCAGUCAGGAAAGGUGGGAGCGGAUGUAAGAAGGUUUGGAAUAUAUUUUGAACAAUUUCAAUUUAGUCCAGGAAAUCUGAUUCUGAGCAUGUUAGCUUUUCAUUGUUUUUUCCUUCUUUGAAAGGUUUGCUCACAUUACCUACUUUUGAAGGAAAAUUGCAAUCCUAAAUACUAUUUAGGCAGUAAACCCACUGAGCACAGUGGUAGAUACUUCUGAGUAAGCAUGCAUCGAUAACUUUGAGCUCAGGGUUGGGAAUCAUGUUGCCCUCGAGAUGUUGUGGGAUCACAAUUCCCAACAUCCCUUACUGCUAGCUAUGUUGGCAAUUCUACCAACGAUCUGGACGGGUGCAGGAUUCACUCCCUUGAUCUAAAUCUAUAUAUAUUAAAAUGAUCUACACAGAAAAUGGGAGAAGUUUUCUUAUGAUUGCUUGUGUCUUCACAUUCUAUAUUGCAUUCUCUUCUGUAAUUUAUAUGUUAACUGGUCAGAGAACCUCAUUUUCCUUUACAUCAGUAACAACAAAAUUGUUAAGGUCCUAGGAAAUGGGCUAUAUACACAAUUGAAAUGUUUCGUUAGGAAAGGGUGUCUGGAUUUCCUGCAGGAUAUGAGUAACCAUGCAUUUAAGACAUUAAAAGAAAAUAUUGUCUGGAGAAAUUGUUUGGAAAAUUUAUGUUUACUGAAGGUAUUUUUGUUGUCUGUUGGACAGAUGUGUAUGGGUGUCACCUGUAGGAAAACAUAACAUUUUCCCUCAUCAAACAACUCCCUUCGACAAGUCUGCUGCUAACCCUAGGACUUGUGCCUAUACUGUUUAGUGUAAUAUUAUGGAACUGGUGAUUUCAAUACUUUGCAUAUUUUGCUGCCUUAUAUCUAAUGAAUGCUUCCCCUCUCCUUACAUCUUUUUAUUUAUUAAUUUUUAAAUGGCACUUUUAUUGCAAUCUUACAUAUGUCUUACAUUAGCAUGCCUUCUAUCCACUCCAGUAUGCAUAAAUUAAAAUGGUUGCUUUAAGAAUUUAUCAUUGUAGACUAUAUUCUGGCAUAUUUCAAUGUCAAUCUCUCAUCAGCACUUUCAAACUAUACCAAUCCUGACAACUAGAAAAAAACAGCGUUUUCAAGAAUGGUCAUCUGCAGACAAUUGUAUACCAGCUUAAUAAACAAAGAUAUGUAUUACCCUUUUGCCUGUACACACAGCGCCUUUUCUCCUCUGUUUGUGAUGUUCAGCAAUUAAACCCAAAAGCUUCUGACUAAC